CUCACUCCUCACUGGUGACACACACACACACACACACACACAAAUUAACCAAAUUGACCAACGCAGAAAAAGCGAAUACCUCUUUCAGACUCACUUAACAAUAACAUGGAUGGACAAGAUUCAGGAGAUACCAAGCAAAGCACUGCUGACAUGACACAGUUUGUUCAAACUCUUCUUCAGCAAAUGCAAACCAGAUUUCAGACGAUGUCGGAGUCCAUUGUUUCAAAGAUUGAUGAGAUGGGAGAACGCAUAAAUGAGCUGGAGCAGAGCAUCAAUGAUUUGAGAACAGAUAUGGGCACGGAGGGCUCCCCAUCCCCUUUGUCUACAUCGAAGAAGCCUGUUGAACCAAAGACAGAGGAAGGUUCAGCUUAGCACUUUUAACAUUCACGUGCCAUCUUAUUGAUGAAAUGAAAUUUAUUUGUAUGUGUUUUUAACUUUAAUCUUGAUCUGCAUAUCCUUAUGCUACUGGUUUCUACCCAUCUAUUCUAUAUGCAACUGAAUUACAUCCGGAUAUGAUUUACAGCUUUUGGUUGAUGCAUA